AUGGAAGUUAGAUCAGGGGCUGUUGAUCAGGGAUAUUUUGGUGAGCUCAAGAAGACAUGUGCCAUGGUGAAAUACUAUGCAGUUCUAAAGAAGAGCAAAAUCAUGCAAUUUUCAGCAGCAAGGAUGGGACUAGAGGACAUCACGCUGAGUCAGACGCAGAUUUUGAAGAUGUCCGAGAAGCAGUCAGCUGAGGCCUGCCCCGGGGAAGGGAAUGAGGCAGACAGUCCUCUCAGCUUCAAGUAUGCCAGCUUCCGGGAUUUUUGCUCCAUGUCAUCAUCUCAAGAUAGUGGCUACAGUGAGUUGCUAAAAUCUUACAGUUUUGAAAACACAGAUAAAGAAUUUCUUGGAAAGAAAGAAACAGAGCCAGCGUCCAGCUAUGAGCACCCCGAGACGCCACACCUGAGAUUUCCACAUCCUCUAGGUUCCCCCACGCAGAAGAAGAGAUUUCUCUCCCCAAGGAAGGGCAAGGAUGACACCCCCGAGCUCUGUGAGACUCCUACAGCCAGUGGCAAGAAGGUUCUGCUCCGCAGACGGCUGCACAUCUCUUUCUCUGGUCUGCAGGAUGACUGUACGGCACGGAAUUGUUCACUGGAAAAUCAGAUCAGCCGAGUCCUGCACCUGGAGUCAGAUGCUUGCAGCAGCGCUUCGGGUUUUGCGAGGAACGAUGAGUUUAGCCCUUUAGUUUCUAGCACUUUGAGAGCAGAAGACGCAGUGGCCCGCAGCAGCAAGUUGAGGCUGAACUUCUCUCAGCAGAAGACGUCCACGGUGGACGAUUCUGAGGACGACUGUGGCUUGUUUGGGGUUGAAUGUCUGUCUCCGAUCCAGGGGAGUGCUUCCCAGGACUCUCUCUGCCAUGACUUCAGCGACAGCAGUCUCUGUGUGAGUGACGAAAGGACGCACCCCGGCCUUCUGGGCUCCUCGGUCUGUGGGGCGGCUGGUGGAACAGAGGAGGAUGUGUUUGUGACCCCGAUCAGUGACCUCGUGGCCAGCAUGAACUUUAAUGCCAGCCAGAGGUUUUCUCCUUCCACGGAAGCCCGGGGCAGCAUUUCCACCCCCAAAGACAGUGGUUUUAACUCUCUGUGUGGGUCCAGAUCGGACGAUUCCCUCUCUGACCAGGAGGGCUCUUUCCAAGAACUUUUCGAGAAGCAGAGGGGAACACUGAGAGCUGGGGACACCAUCAAACGGUCUCGGCGGCUUGUCAGGCUGCGGAGGCUGUCCACACUUCGGGAGCAAGGCUCACAGUCCGAGACAGAAGAGGAAAAGCAGGUCCCGACCGUGUCCUCGGGAGCGAUCCCCUCGACGGCCCCCUGCAGCCCCGAGGCUCGGCCAGGCAGUGCUGAGGCGGGCGGUGCCCUGGUUUUCAACUUGACGGAUCUCUCGAGGACCCCAGCCUUGCAGCUGGUGCAGGAGCUCUUCAUGACAAGCAAAAGGAAAAGGUUCCAGCAAAACGGCGCCCAGGACGCUUUGGAAGACAGGGACGAGGGGAGGAUAGCUAUGCUGCGGUACAUGCUGGCAGGGCUGAUCGGCAAGAAGAUGGGUCUUGAGCAGCUGGACAUCCUCACGGAGUUGAAGCAGAGGGACCUGAAGCACGUCCUUGCUAUGGUUUUAGAUUCCCUGAUGGCAGAAAGCCUAUGCAGUGUUUGGAAAGUGAGCAGAAAUUGGCGUGAGAUUAUUAUUCAAGAUAAAAAGGCAAAUAGGAGGAGGAAAUUUUACAUGGCACAACUUAAAUUGGAUUCUGAGGGGCCUAUACUGAAUGUCCAGGAUGCUGGCACUCGGCUCCAGCUUUUAAAUCGGCCCGCUUUAAGAUCUGUGCAAGCCCAGGCUCGGACCCCCGGUGCUCAGAGAGAGCAAGUCCCGACAGUCUCUCCCUGGGGGGAAGUCCUGAACUCGGGAGCCAGUGGCUCUGCGGCCCGCUUACACAGCAAGCAGGAGGAGUACGUGAAGGUGGCCAAAACCCUCUUUAUCGACGAAGCGUUAAAACCUUGCCCGAGGUGUCAGUCUCCAGCCAAGUACCAGCCUUACCAGAAAAGGGGCUUGUGCAGCCGCGCCGCCUGCAGCUUUGACUUUUGUGUGUUGUGUUUGUGCGACUACCACGGGGCCGAGGAGUGCAGGAGAGCGGCAGCUAAGGCCAGAAGCAGAAAGGAUGUUCUUCCCGGAAGCGCGCAGAGCAAGCAGAAUUUAAAACGCCUCUGA